AUGUCUGAAUUUCCUCGGACAGUUACAAGAAGACGAUAUACUGGUGCAAAACAGAACGAUUUUGUUCAAGUAGAACCCAUUGUCGACGGCACAAAACAAUUUUACGGGCAUCUCUCAUCAUUUUCCAAUUUUUCAGCUUCGAUUUGGCAAUCUGCGCAGCAAAAAUUUUCAUCAGUUUCGUCUGAACCUUUGAUUUGCUACGAAGAAUUGCUUAAUCCGACCAGUGUUAAAUCAAUUUGGCCUUAUUACGAAACUCAACCAAUUAUCGAUAUGCCUACUCGAGACCGUACUGCUGAAUUUCGGACAACAGCAAAAUCCUAUCAAAUGAAAUUCCAUGCUAGCGGACAAACCAGUGUGCCCAAAGAGCACAACCACCUCGUGAAGCAAUCAUUGGUGUUUAAUCAGUUAGCGAAGCGAAUCGGGCGUGAUCUUAGUUUAACGUGUGCAAAAAUGGAAAAAUUAACAGAGUUAGCCAAAAAGAAGACCUUAUUUGAUGAUAGGUUCAGUGAAAUUGAAGAACUUUCGAGGAUAAUUGAACAGGAUAUCACCGGUUUAAACAAACAAAUUGCGUCAUUACAAGAACACUGCAAAAGUUAUGGUUCGCGGAAAGAUCAGGGUCAUGGGCACUCGCAGUUAGUGAUUGUUGGGCUUCGGUCAAAGCUGGCUUCAAUGAGCAAAGAUUUUCAAAAUUUAUUAGAAUUGCGAAAGGAAAAUUUGAAACAUCAAAAAUCUCAAAGGGAGAAAUUCAGUAAAUGUCACCCGGUGCCUUCAACGCUUCCACCAUCAGUAAGCCUAGGAAAUAUGGGUUCCGUUCUUCUUCAAGAUGAUAUGAAUGCUUCCUCAUGUGUUGCUUUGGACAUGAAUCAGCUGGAGCAACAUCGUAUGCAACAACAGGUUAAAUUUACUUGUUCUGUACUAUUUUAUCUGAAUGUUUCUUUAAUCGAUGAACAAGAUUCUUAUGCUCAAGCACGUGCUAGUACGAUGGAAAGUAUCGAAAGGAGCAUAUCCGAAUUGGGACAAAUUUUCCGUCAAUUGGCUUCGUUGGUAUCGGAACAGGGUGAAAUGAUAACACGAAUUGAUUCGAAUGUGGAUGAGACUGCUGUAAAUGUUGAAGCUGCUCAUCACGAACUUGUCAAAUAUUUUCACAACAUAUCUCAGAAUCGUUGGUUGAUGAUUAAGGUUUUUGGUGCUUUGGUACUUUUGAUAAGGUACUCUUGCCGUUUUAUUUUUACAAUGAUUCCGACUGUUGAGAUUGUCUUCAUUGCUUUUCUAGUCGAGAUGGCUCGGAUUUCGACGUUGAUGAUAGCUGCGUCUACUCUUAUAUUAACUGCAGCAACAAUUGGAAAUGCUUUUCAUCAGAAGAAGCAGUUUUAUCCAUCUGUUGUAUAUAUUACUAAAAGCAGUCCAUCAAUGGCGGUGAUAUAUGUACAGGCCUUGGUUAUUGCUUAUAUGAUUUUUCAAAUAUUUCGGAAGAUAUUUUUUGGGCAGUUGCGAGCAACUGAAAUCGAGCAUCUAUCAGAAAGAGCUUGGCAUGCUAUAGCAGAAACUUGCCUCGCAUUCACCGUAUUUCGAGAUGAUUUUUCGCCGAAGUUUGUUGUGCAAUUUGUUUUUCUCCUAUUUGUGAAAUCAUUUCACUGGCUUACCGAAGAUCGAGUGGAUUACAUGGAAAGGACUCCUUUAAUUACCGUGCUUUUCCACUGUCGAAUGAUUUCAUUGUUAGCAUUUUUAAGUGGUUUGGAUAGUUAUUUCGUUUCUCACGCUUAUUUUACGACUCUGCUAAAGGGUGCUUCAGUUCAAAUAGUUUUUGGCUUCGAGGCUUUUCAGUAUGCAAUUUUGAUGACAGUUACGCUACAUGUUGGUAUCAAAUAUCUUCUUCAUUUACAUGAUUUGCGUAAUGUACAUCCUUGGGAGAACAAAGCAAUGUAUUUGCUUUUGUCAGAACUUGUGAUAACUAGUCAAUUUACAGAUUUGCUUCGUUGUAUUCUCUAUAUAGUCUUUGUAUCAGUGAUGAUAAGACUGCAUACAUUUCCGCUGUUUUCAAUCCGUCCUUUAUAUUUGACUAUUCGUGCUUUCUACAAAGCUUUUAAUGAUGUAAUUCUUUCAAGACGAGCUAUCAAUGCAAUGAAUAACUUGUUUCCACUGGCUACAGAACAAGAACUUUCUCAAGGUGACAAUACAUGCAUAAUAUGCCGCGAAGAAAUGUUUCCCGGUACUGGUGUCAAAAAAUUACCUUGUAAUCACAUAUUUCAUUCACAUUGUUUACGGUCCUGGUUUCAGCGUCAACAGAGCUGUCCUACUUGUCGCACUGAUAUACUCGUGGGAAACGAAUUACGUUAUCUUGCAAAUAGUUUAGGUGGAAUAUUCAUCGAUUUGAAAUGUGAAAUGUUAUGUACAUACGUUGCAUAUGUUUCAGCUCCACGUCGAAUACCAACCACAGCACCGGGUCCAGCACCAGUUCCCGUUGCAGCAGCAGCUGCUCCUGGUGGAGAAGCUGCUCAGGGGGAUGCGCGACCACGAAAUGGAGGGGAAGUACCGCCACCGAAUAUGUUUCCAUUUAUUGCGCAUCACUUUGGGUUUCCACCUCCCUCUCAGGCACAAAACAACAAUUCAGAGCGAAAUAUGGGUGCCACCACAAGUCAUAUUAAUCCUCAUAUUCUACCAACUUCACAUUGUUUUCCCGGAUUUUCUUUUAUGUCUCCACCGCCGUUAAUGCCUCCUUUUCCUUUCCCUGCACCGCCUGUUUUUACUAGUCUCACUGACUCAGAAGUUGCCGCUAUGGAAGGAAGUGAACGUAAGGCCAUUGAGACGAGAAUUCAUUAUUUGCGUAAUAUAAACAUACUGCUUGAUGCAGCUACCAUUCAGCUUCAACAAUAUAUGAGCGUAGUACCUAUGAAUAUGUAUCAGCCAAUUAUGAUAUCAUCAUCGACCCAGGUUGGGGGCAGCGAACCUGAUUUUACUGGAUCCCCGUCAUCAGUAAGUCCCGAUUCACCAGUCCAAAAUAUACAAAGUGUACAAAAUAUACAGUCGAAUACCGAACAAAAUCCUUCCUUCCCAUCUACAUCGCAAAGCAGCGAAACAUCAAGCAAUAAUCGCGAUUCACAAAAUUUACAAGAAAUUAGACGAAGACGACUUGAAAGAUUUGGUUCAGAAGUAAGAAAUCAUUCUUGUGAAAGUUCCUAA